CAAGUGUUGGGUUCCAACCGAAGGCUUCAGCUAGCGUCCACUUCUCAUGAAACGUUGAGUGCAACAGCAUUGAAAGCAGCGGCGAGGAAAUCUACGCCCUGGUUGCUGCUUUUAGAUCUGGUUGAGGCGAGACAGGAGCAUGGGGCACUUUGACAGCACCAUGAGAGGGCGGAAAGAGAACUGGCACGAGUGAGCAAGCAGACACAAUCCAUGACUGCUGGUACUGAACGGGUCGAAAGCAAAAAUCGAGUGUUGAUCACAUGCUGGCACAGAGGGAGAGCACCAACUGUGGAUGUAAUAAGUACCAAUCCUCCGCUGGUGCCGUCCAUCGAUGUCCCUGGAGCUUGAUCAGGUCGGGGGAAUCCCACUCGAGAAUACGUUUCUAUUUCGCAAGAGUGCUGCAGCACAUGAUUGAGUUUUCUUUUUGGGGGUUUACUUUGCAGUCGUUGUACCAGCCCAACAAUAUCCUUGCGCAUGGGGGGAGAGGGUAUUUUUCCAUGUUGUCUGGCUGUGGCAGCAGCUGCGUUUACCAAGGCCAGGGGAGCUUCUCCCCUGCGAGCAGUAGAAACUUGGCCAAUUUAGAACUAGAGAGAAAGUAGCGUCGUGGGUUUGCGUCGUUUUAAGGAGAUGAUUGCAGCCAACUCGUACUCUUAUCUGGCAAACAUUGACAGACUCGACGUUGGUAGUACCGUCGGAGUGUGAAUCACGGCUUCUGGCCAGCUGCUUUCAACCUUUACGUCAAUGGUUAAUCCUCUUGGGAAUGCCAGCGAUUGCACUGCAUUGGUCAGGAAAGAAGAAUUCGCUUUCCGCUGCCGUAUUGCUAAUAGGUUUGACGCAAGGAAGUCCUUAGGGCUGUACCAGUUCGUCUUCUGAUUUCAUCUUAGAUUGGCAAGUGUACCGACAUCGGGCACCACACGUCUGGUGGCAAUUGGGUUUUUAUUCUUAUUUUUACUCUAGCAGAGGGAAGAGCAUGCAGGUGCAAGAGUGAAUUAGAAACGACAAAGCCAUGGGCAAUACCCCUCGUGUGCUCUGUGCUGUCUGCCAUGGAACACAGCACCUCAGUCCUGAGACGCACCAUGCCCUCAGCUUUUGAGACUUGGUCCUGCUUGAUCUCCGCAUGCCGUAGCUUCCUUCUUGAAUCUUCUCCAUGGGGUACUAAAGGCAGGCUUCUUCGUCAGCAUCCGUCAUGUGCUGCAUCCUGUUGCGUGAUGCCUUGUGUUCGGGAAAGGACGUACGAGCUAGUUCACGCGAAGCCCAUACUCUCCAGCUGGUUAGUAUUCAUUCAGAGGAGGUGCCAUCCGAGAUUCAUGGAGAUCCUCUAUGGGCCAAGCAUAAUAUACUGACCCUCCUGUGGGUUAGUACUGAACAUUAGAUUAACGAUUGUCACCGAGAUUGGAGUGGUGCGUACUCAAUCCAAGGGGGAAGGGAUAUUAAAAAAUUAGAAGAUGCAAUGCUGAUCGAUUGCUUCUGGGUGCUGAAGUUGAAGCUGCGCCAUAGGUUUUUCUACCUCCUGCUUUUUGUUGUUCAGAGCAGCAAGUUGAAAGAUUGGCGGUGUGACGAGAUUCGAUAGAGGGCGGUGAGUGCGAGAGUCGUGCGUCUUCCAUGAGGAAAGCUUCGGUUGGAGAGUGCUGAAGGACAAUUUGACCUUGAAUUUGCAAGCAACAGGCUUCACUAAGGAUCCUUCGCAGGGCGGGAUUGCAAUGCAUGAAGCUUACUCAUCCUCAUCGCAUGAUCACUGCUUGUCUCAAUUGCCUUUCGAAUCGGGCUUGGCCGAGCAUAUGACCUAUUUAACUAACGAAUGGCAGAUGAAUAUUAGUUCAUAGAAGCAAAUCCAUGGCAGGGAAGCCUUUGAGGGAGCUGUUAAAAGCAUUGUUAUGAUGGGAAGUGAGAGUUGGGGCGAAGGGCAGAUCCAGCAGGACGAUUCCGCUAGCUCCGAACCAACUGCAACUUUGCGAAGCAGACCUGGCCAUGCUUUGGGAAAGCGGAAAGGCUCCGCCUCGAAGGAUUCGAUAGUGACCGCGAAGGUCUUGAAAAGCGCCGAGAAGAAAGCGAAAUGCCUCAGUACAAAAGUUGCCGGCGCCAGUGCCAACGCUAGCAAAGCACAUGUUGAUGAAGUGAGGGUGACGUUGAAGGAUCAACAGAGCCCAGAAAGCGAGCCCUCUGGUGAGAUGAGCCCGAGGUCGACUUUGAAAUCAAGAUCCAAGUCUCAAGUUAUGCAUCCGAAGCAGCACUACAUCCAUGUGCGAGCUCGACGAGGCCAGGCUACGGAUAGCCAUAGUCUUGCUGAAAGAGUGAGAAGGGAGAAAAUCAGCGAGCGGAUGAAGUUCCUACAAGACCUAGUGCCUAGUUGCAGCAAAGUGACGGGCAAGGCUGUCAUGUUGGAUGAAAUCAUCAAUUAUGUGCAGUCCCUACAACGUCAGAUUGAAUUCCUGUCCAUGAAGCUGGCAGCUGUCGAUCCUCGUCUUGACAUCAAUCUACUAAAUCUACUCAACAAAGAGCCCCCACAAGCGAGAUCUCCUGAAACAAUUUUGAUGAGUCCUGACAUAAUAGCAGGAUACCGGGACUAUCAAACGCAGCUACAAAUCCAACAGAUCAACAACUACAACGUGGACUGGAGAUCCGUCGGAACCUUGUGUGAUGCAUACUUGAAGCGCUCAGUGAACAUUGCGCUAUUGCCUCAUGCACCUGCAGCGUACAACGAGUGUUUCAUAGAUUCUCUAACCCAGACCCUCAACGGAGUUUGCGAUGCCGGAGACCUCCAGUCUAUCAUGCACACGAGCAGUACUCCAAUGAGGCAAGAAUUUUUUGGCCAAGAUACUCAUAACUUUGCUCCAGGCUUUCCAGGGCUACGCCACUCGACCACAGGGCAACUAAAAGUGGACCACUAGUGUGUAUGGUCAUGUUCCUACUUUAGCACCAUGCAAGCCGGUGACCGAUGCACUGAGGAGAUACAGAAGAAAAGCAUUGAAACUAGUAUGGCCCUCAUCAUCGCAGCCAGAUAGUGCUCACCAAGCUGUGGUGGAUUGCAAAACCCGAAGAACUGAAUGUAGAAACUCAAGAGCGAAAGAAAACCGCCCCGAACAGCAGAUACCUUUUACCGAAGAGACCUCUUCGAAAACUGAGGAACGUUUCAUCGAUCAUCCUGAAUAGACAGAUAACCAUGCAGAGAUUUCUUCCCAACACAUGUGUGUGCCACCGUAUACAAUGGUGGCAAAGAUGGAAUGUACCCAAUUCGCUUGAGCUUGGCCAUAAUUUUUACAAGCGAACCAAGUCCAGCUCCGAUAUUAUACGAGGCCAAUCUGUCCGAACAGUAGGAGCUGAGAAUAGACAAGUAUCGUGAUACAAUUAAAGUCGCAAUUGAUUCAUGCGAAAACGGUCCUGAAAGACCCAUGGAGUGUGCAGUGAUGAGUAUUUCCUCUGCUGGUGAUGGCUUCGAAAGAUAAGUCAGGUGCACCGCUGUGUGUGUGUGUCCUUGGUUAUUGGUCAUUUUGGUUGAAAUUUCUUCCUAAUUGUGAAUCAACGAGGU